CCCGGCGAAAAGCGCUCGAGCCCACGGCGUGCGGUGAGAAGAGCGGCCGCGUCACCCCGACAUGGGCGCGGCGGGGAGUUAAGCCACCACCACCUCGCCGUCCGCCUCGCCCCACCACCGCACUUCCCCGGCGAUGCUGCUCCGGCUACGCGUCGGCGUCACCCGCCGGUCCGCGGCCCUCCUCGCGGCCGCCCCCCGCGCCGAUCCUCCCGCGCGCCCGCCGCUCCCCCUCCCCCGUCGCCUCCACGACGCCGCCGAUCACCGCCCGAAACCAGGGGGUCCUCUUACGCUCUACAGGGACCUGGUGAGCCAAGGGAAGCUCCGGCAUGACGUGUACCAGGAAAACGUUGCCUCCGAGUUAGACAGCCUGCUCGGGAGGCUCGAGCGGUACGAGAUGGAGAUGGAGGAUUACCAUACAAAGCUGUCUAUGUGGGACAGUACCCGGGAGAACGAACGGCGGAGGCUUCUCCUUGAAGAAGCCGAGGAUAAGCAGCACGAUGGGGUGUGGAUAGAUGAGAAAAGGGGAUUUCUCGAUAAGUUGAUUUCACGGAAAAGAAGAGCUAAUAUAGAACCUGGAGUUGGAAGAUGGGUUUCAUAUUUGAAUAGAGAGAGAAAACUAGAUAAUUUGGUUGGCCAGAAACCAGUUGCACCUGUUGCUCCAAAAGGAUUAUACCUUUACGGGAAUGUUGGAAGUGGCAAGACAAUGUUGAUGGACAUGUUUUAUGGGGCCACAGAAGGUGUCAUCAAACACAGGAGGAGGUUUCACUUUCAUGAGGCUAUGCUUGAAAUACACGACCAUAUGCAUGAUGUGUGGAAGAGACGUGAUGAUGGCAAGUCUAUGGAAUCAAGUGCUUUCAGUUGGAUAUCAGGCCUCCCUUUUGAUGCAAAAAUUAAGGAAUGGCUGAUCGGGGAGGAAAAGUAUAAACAAGAUAAACAUCAAAAACAUAUCCUGCUAGCUGUCGCUGACAAGUUCCUUGUCGAUAGACAAGCAAAUAAAUGUGGUGCAAGCAUUCUAUGCUUUGACGAGAUACAGACUAUUGAUGUAUUCGCUAUUGUUGCCCUGUCUGGUAUUCUCAGCAGACUAUUAAGCACUGGGACUGUGCUUGUUGCUACCAGCAAUAAAGCACCGGAAGAUCUGAAUCAGGAUGGGAUGCAACGAGAAAUCUUCCUUGAGUUAUUAUCUAAGCUAGACGAGACCUGCAAUAAGAUUCUUGUUGGAACUGAAACGGAUUAUCGCCGCCUUAUUCCAACAGAUGGCUCAACUCAGAUUCACUAUUAUUGGCCUACCAAUCCUGACACAAGGAGUAUGUUUGAGGCUAUGUGGCAUGACAUAACUAACCAGACAGGAGGAAACAUUACUGCAGUUACUAUUCCUGUAAUGUUUGGAAGGUCUAUUGAGAUUCCUCAAAGUUGUAGUGGUGUGGCAAGGUUUGACUUCGAGUAUUUAUGUGGACGCCCAGUCGGAGCUGCAGACUAUAUAGCAAUAGCCAGGAACUACCAUACAAUUUUCAUAUCAGACCUUCCAGCUAUGAGUAUGAAGAUCCGUGACAAGGCAAGAAGAUUCAUCACCCUUAUUGAUGAGAUGUACAAUCAUCACUGCCGCCUUAUAUGUUUAGCUACCUUACCCAUUGACAAUCUAUUUCAAGGAACUGAGGAAGGGCCUCUUUUUGAUUUAGAGAGUUUCCAGUUUGAAACUGAAGCCGAAGGGUCAAAGUUAAGGAGGGAUGUUUCCGCAGAAGGCAAUGUUGGUGCAGGGCCCUCUACUAGAGGUCUAGUGUCAAUGCUGUCUGGUCAAGAAGAGAUGUUCGCGUUCCAAAGGGCGAUAUCUCGGCUCGUAGAAAUGCAGACCCCGCUGUAUCUCGAGCGCGUCCAGCAUGUCCAUUCUUCCGCCCUUCAACAACAGCAGGGCACCCCUGUUCUCGCAAAACAGAGCACUGUAUCUCAGUCUGCUCCCUUGUAGACUGGUAGUACUAUUCUAUUCAUUCUUGGAAAAUAAUCUUGCAACUGUGAGCAAUGAGGUUGGAGAGGCCAAGCUCGACAUUGUCGGAAACUGUAUCGAGUAUAUGUAACACAGGUGAUGUCAGCAAGACACACCGUUGCAUCUGCACAGAUUUACUUUGCUUUGCUUCCAAGUUAUAUAGAUCCUAGGAGACAUGAUUAA